AUGGGAACGGUGAUGGCUUUCGGGAAGGGGAGCCAGAGCCAAGAGGUUCGUCAGAACCUGGCCACCUUCCGCCAGUUUUGGGACAAGUUUGGAGAUGCGAAGUGGCUCUCUGGCCUUGUGGCCCCGGAGUUUGCUGAGAAGAAGGAGCUGGCCAAGAAGCUGCUCGACAAGCUGCAGGGCACGGACAAACUGACGCUUUCCGACGCUGGCCCGAUCUGCCAGCAUUGCCGGCGCAAUCGUGGCAAUGCGGGCUUCUGUCAGUACCCAGAGUGUGGCUAUUGUUUGCACGGGAUGCGUUACAGUUGCCAGUACGGUUGUGGAAAUUCCGCUUUCUUCUGCAACCGCUGCAGUGGCGGGCCACGACAGCAAGGAGCAUUUUGUUCUUCCUGCAAUUGUUGUGCUCAUGGUUGCACGAAGUCAAGAGGCUGCGGGAAAGGCUGUUCCGAACCUGGCUCCGUCACUGUAAAUGUGAAGGCCAAGAACGUGACGCUCUACAACAGCAUCGCUGCUUGCAGCGAGGCCACGAGCAAGUCCAAGCUCAUGCGCCUUGCGCAGAUGGCCGACCUCCUGGCGAAAGCUUGCCGUGAGGAUGCCGAGGCGAUGGAAGAUGCGGAGAAGAAGCUUGAGAAAAAGAUGGACCUGCUCAAGGAGUUUGCAGAAGCCAUCAAUGAAGUUCCAAAGGUGCUCCGCCAGUUCCUGCUGAUUCGCAGCGGGUCCAUCAAAGACGACCUUGGGCAGUUGAAGGAGUGGCUGCACAAGGAUGAGGUGGACUCCACCCACAUGCAACUGGAGGAGUUCCGUGACGAAGCUGCGGAGGAGCGCGUGAUGCGUCGCGUUGGUCAGAAGCGUGCACUAUCCGAAGGCUCAUGGUCAUUGACAUCGCCGCGCUGA